AUGGGCUACUUUUUCUAUUCUCUCACCUUUUUCGCCUUUUUAGCUGUCGCAGCGGCCUACUUUACCCGUGAACGCUGGCUUCCUCAUCUACCCGUACCGGGCUACCUCUAUACCAAACUACCUACAAGUUUCCGAGGCGAUGCUGAAGCAGGCUUGUCCUCUGCUGACUUUAACCUCGCGGACAACAUUAUGGAAGGAGACUCGCGUGCUGGCCUAGAUAAGCGCGGCAAGUCAGAGGUUCUCCGGAUAAUGAGAAGUAAAAAGGUCGAUUUCAAUGAAGCAAGGCGGAUAUAUACUGAACAACGAUUUGCAAUGAAUAAUAUCGGCCCCGAUGGGAGACCGCGGGAUCCGAAAUUUGUGUCAUUCUCAUGA